AGUCAAUAUUUCUUUAUUUUUUUAUUUCAAUGUAAUCAUACACUGUAAAUAAUAACUUUGGUCAUCCUCUGUUAUUAGGCCUUAUUGUAAAGUAUGUAAAUUUGAGAAGACCAGGGGAAAGAGUUCUCUGUUUGUCUUUCAAUCACACAAAGAGUACAUUUACAUAUGAAAUAUGUAAGUUUGAUCAUUGUUCAGUGGUGGAGGGCUUUAGGACCCAGUUCUGCCUCUUUUGCUCUCCUGCAGAAGGCAGCACAGACAUUAGCGCAGUUGCACUGCUCUCACACACUCACCUACCAGCACAGAUCGGUCAGACAGGCUCACACACACACACACACACACACACACCACACAUUCUAACUCAAUUUAAUGCUGACAUCAUUCUGACAAUUCACAUGUUAGCUGGUUCAUCUGAGCUCAGACAUCCAGCAGGACCUCCUCUGGUGUCUCUCCUGUGUCCUCUCUGGGGUUCAGACUGUGCCUCUGCUGGAGCUGAACCAAACCGCACAUCUCAAACACUCAUCGUAUGGACAAAGGUUUGAGUGAUGAGAGUAAGGUGGAGAUAGAGAAAGGCAGACAGAGACAUAGGCAAACAGUGGGUUGGGGGGUUGAAAAGACUGCGCUGGCUGCUGAAGCAAGGCAAGGACCCGUUGUCAACGGCGACGCAACAGCAGCAUGUCUCAGAUGAAAAGAUACACUUACAGCAGGACCACCAGUAGUGGCAGCAGCAGAAUGAGUUCAGAUGGAGGUGGGCGGCCUGUUAAGGUGGGCUCACUGGUUGAGGUCAUUGGUAAAGGUCAUCGAGGUACGGUGGCAUAUAUUGGAAACACCCUCUUUGCCUCUGGAAAAUGGGUGGGAGUCAUUCUAGAGGAACCUAAAGGGAAGAAUGAUGGGACUGUGCAGGGCAAACGAUAUUUCACCUGUCAGGAGAACCAUGGGAUAUUUGUACGCCAAUCACAGAUUCAGUUAGUUGAAGAUAUGGCUGACACAACAUCUCCUGACACACCUGAAGCUGCCACCUCCAAAGUGCUGAAACGAGAGAUAAUCGAAGGUCCAAAGUCAAACAAAGUGCGAGGAACCAAACCAAAAAAGGCACCUACGACUCGUAAGACCACGGCCAGAAGGCCCAAGCAAACGCGGGCUGGAGUGGGUGUGAAGGUGGGCUCUGGAUCAGCGUCUGCUGGAGAGAUGAGCAGCAGUGAACCCAGCACACCUGCCCAAACGCCACUGGCUGCUCCAGUUAUACCUUCACCUUUGGGCAAACUGCCCUCUCCUGGAGCUCCUCCCAUCCCAGGCCCCAGCAAGGAAGAGGAGUCACUGCGUGCCCAGGUGAAGGAUCUGGAGGAGAAGUUGGAGACGCUGAAGAUGAAGAGGACGGAGGACAAGGCGAAACUGAAGGAACUCGAGAAGCACAAAAUUCAGCUGGAGCAGCUGCAGGAGUGGAAGAGUAAGAUGCAGGAACAACAAAAUGAACUGCAGAAACAACUCAAAGAGGCCAAGAGGGAAGCUAAAGAAGCUCUUGAAGCUAAAGAGCACUACAUGGAAGAGAUGUCAGAUACAGCAGAUGCCAUUGAGAUGGCCACACUGGAUAAGGAAAUGGCUGAAGAACGGGCUGAAUCACUGCAACUAGAGGCUGACGCUCUAAAAGAGAGAGUGGAUGAGCUGACCAUGGACUUGGAGAUACUCAAACAUGAGAUUGAGGAAAAAGGUUCGGAUGGAGCAGCUUCUAGUUACCAUAUAAAGCAGUUAGAGGAGCAGAAUGCUCGACUGAAAGAGGCUUUGGUGAGGAUGCGUGACUUGUCAGCAUCAGAGAAACAAGAAUAUGCAAAGCAGCAGAAACAAAUGGAGAAGAAAAAUUUUGAGCUGGAUACACUAAGAUGCCAGAAAGAGAAACUACAAGAGGAAAUGAAGAUGGCUGAGAAAACUAUCGAUGAGCUCAAAGAGCAAGUGGAUGCUGCUCUUGGGGCAGAGGAGAUGGUGGAGAUGUUGACGGAGCGUAAUUUGGACCUGGAGGAGAAAGUACGGGAGCUCAAAGAAACUGUCACAGAUCUGGAAGCCAUCAAUGAGAUGAAUGACGAGCUGCAGGAGAAUGCUAGAGAGACGGAGCUGGAGUUGAGAGAGCAGUUGGAUCUGGGUGCUGCUGGUGUCAGGGAGGCAGAGAAGCGGGUGGAAGCGGCACAGGAAACAGUGGCAGACUACCAGCAGACCAUCCAGAAAUACAGAGAGCUCACUGCACACCUGCAGGAGGUGAACAGGGAGCUGAUGAGCCAACAGGAAGCCAACGCUGAGCUGCAGCAACAGCCUGCGGAGAUCUUUGAUUUUAAGAUUAAAUUCGCUGAAACCAAAGCCUAUGCCAAGGCCAUAGAAAUGGAGCUGCGUAAAAUGGAGGUCGUUCAGGCUAACAGACAGGUGUCACUGUUGAUUUCCUUCAUGCCUGACUCCUUCCUGAAACACGGAGGAGACCAUGACUGCAUCCUGGCUCUACUGCUCAUCCCACGACUCAUCUGCAAGGCAGAGCUGAUCAGUAAGCAGGCCCAGGAGAAGUUUGAGUUGACUGAGACUUGCUCUCAGAGGGCUGGGAUGAGAGGAGCCGCCGGCGAACGGCUGAGCUUUGCUGCAGGACUCAUCUAUUCUCUCACACUGCUACAGGCUGCACUGCACAAAUAUGAACAUGCUCUGAGUCAGUGCAGUGUGGACGUAUACAAGCGUGUGGGUUCUCUGUACUCUGAAAUGAGCGUCCAUGAGCGUUCCCUGGAUUUCCUCAUAGACCUCUUGUACAAAGACCUGCUGGAUGAAACUGUCAAUGUGGAACCUCUAACCAAAGCUAUUAAAUACUAUCAGCACCUUUACAGUAUCCAUCUCGCCGAACAGCCUGAGGACUGUACCAUGCAGUUAGCGGACCACAUCAAAUUUACCCAGAGUGCUCUGGACUGUAUGGCUGUGGAAGUGGGGCGUCUAAGGGCCUUCAUACAAACGGGACAGGACGAGGAAGGGUUUUGUGUGCUGCUGAAGGAUCUGGACACUUCCUGUAGUGACAUACGACAGUUCUGCAAGAAGAUCCGCCGUCGUAUGCCAGGCACAGAUGCACCAGGCAUCCCAGCUGCCCUCAGCUUCGGACCACAGGUGUGUGAGACCCUGGCAGAGAGCAGAAGGCAGCUGGCCUGGGUGAAUGCUGUGCUCCAGGAAGUGGCAGCAGCAGCCGCUCAGCUCAUCGCCCCUCUCAGUGAACAUGAGGGACUUCCAGCCGUCAAACUGGAAGACAUGGCCUUUAAAGCAGCUGAACAGAUCUAUGGGUCACAGGGCAUAAACCCCCAAGAGUGUCUGCGGCAGUCAUGCAGUGUUGUCAUAGCAACCAUGAACAAGAUGGCUACCGCUAUGCAGGAGGGAGAAUAUGACUCUGACAGACCACAGAAUGGGAUAUCUCCUGCUGAAGUCCGAGCAGCGGCACUAAGGGCAGAAAUCACUGAUGCUGAAGGACUCGGUCUCAAACUUGAGGACAGAGAAACUGUAAUCAAAGAGCUGAAGAAAUCCCUUAAAAUAAAGGGAGAGGAACUGAGUGAGGCCAAUGUGCGUCUCAGUUUGCUGGAGAAAAAGCUGGACAGUGCGUCUAAAGAUGCAGAUGAGCGAGUGGAGAAGAUUCAGACGAUCCUAGAUGAGACGCAUUCAAUCCUGAAAAAGAAAGAAAAGGAGUUUGAGGAGACCAUGGAUGCUCUCCAGGCUGACAUAGACCAACUAGAGGCAGAGAAAGCAGAGCUUAAGCAGAGAAUCAACAGCCAAUCAAAGAUGACCAUUGAGGGAUUGAGAGGAAGUCAAGCCUCUGGCAUCGCCUCCAUUGUGACUUGUGGCAUCACUGCUGAACAAAAAGGAGUGUGUGCAGCUGCUGGAGUGCAAGUGAUAGAUUCCCCACUGCUGACUCAGCAGAUCGAAGCUCAGCGACUCAGCAUAAAGCACUUGAAGAACGAGAACAACAGACUGAAGGCAGAAAAGAUGCGGGUUCAGCUGGCGUCUCUCCCUCCUCUGAACGUUACAAAGCUGGGCUGGCGAGAGGGCUGCAGGCCGGAGGUAUUGUCUAGCGCCCUCUACCGCAAAACAGACCAACUACUGGACACUCUGCUCCAGAUGAGUGCCAAUGUGAAAGUGGUGGACAUCACAGGGAAAUCUCCAGUGAGUCCCAGUGCGCAGCUCCUAGAGCAAACUGCUAGACUGCAGUCGCUCAGCGACACCCUCGAUAGGCUUAAGGAUGAGGUUGCUGAACAUGUAGUGACUCAUAGGCCUGGAGCUCAAGUCUCGUCUGAUUUUGCCACUUUUCCCUGCACUUCCUUUGUGAAGGCAAAGGAGGAGAAGAAAGGAGAUGCUGUGUUAGUCGGCCGUGUGAUGAUGCCUUGCGCUCGAGGGCAGGAACAGGUGCAUCGUCUGGUGCUUUCACAGACACAGUUACAGAGAGUUCAUCACCUUCUCCAGACUUAAAAUGACCCAUCGCCUCUUUACAAAAAAACAAAACUUACUCAAAGUCAAUCUCCAAAACCCGAGAAUUGAAACAACAGACAUCCCAGCUAACAGGGAACAAUCUCAGAACUUUGGUUAAUGUUUUUUCUGAAACGUUAUAGUCAGAUGUUUGUCUAAUGUUCUGGCAAAGUUAUGAACAAACAUUCUUCCAGUAACAUUAAUAGAAUGUUCAUUCAAAGUUAUCUGGUCUUUAAUAAUGUUGUCAAAAUGUUAACACAAAAUGUUAGCGCAUUGUGUUUGCAAAAUUAUAAAGUGGAAUGUCCUGAACGUUCAGGGAACGAUCAGAAAUAACGUUUUCAUAACUUAAUGGGAACGUUAGCAAAAUGUUCUUAGAAUAUAUUUUUGUUAGCUGGGAUUAUGGAGAAUAUAUUGUGUAAACAACUAUUAUCCAUAUUUAUGUUCACAAACCAGUGCUUCAUUAGGUCAGGCUCACUUUCAGUGUGAUAAUGGCCACGUACACACUACAGCUAAAUUCGGUUGUCAGUUCACCUUUUAGUGCUUAAUCUCGUUCUGUACCAACACAGUUCAGUAAAAUACGUGAGUGACAACCGCAUUCUACAACCGUAUUAACUCCCGAAAAAUACAGGUAAGUUAGUGACAACCGCAUUAACAGAAAUUCUAUGCAGUGUGUACGGAACCGAACUGAACAACUAGUUGUUAAUGACGUUUACGUGCACCGGUGUAACGUUUGUCUCUCGUGUAUGCGCGGCGAAUCACAGGGAAAGCACAAGCCUAUCCAAAUGCUUUAUGCUGAAAAUCGCGAUUCAUGUCUGCUGACUUUAAUAACUCCAUAAACCCGUUUGCUUUAUGAGACGAGCUAAAACAACAAGCUUAUAAUGAGUGACCAUGGCAACACAGAAUGAGUGCCGCGCGCUGUGUGAAACUGGCUAUACAAGCAUAAACAAAACACGACGCCUCCGUCGACUGUGUUAGUGUGUUUAGUUAAAUUGCUGAAAAUAACGAGUGUUUUGUCACUUUAAUAUUACUUUGGUCACGAUAACGGAUACCAAACACGAGAGACGCCAGAACGUCACUAUGGUUUCCAAGCUGUCAAUCAUCGCAUUUUCGAGAGUGAGUCGUGUUCCGUACACACACGUAACGAUAAUUUAGGGGAUUCACUCCCGCAUUUAAAUGCGGUUGUCACUCCUGAAACUUACAGUGUGUACGUAUCUACCACACCAAAAUUUGUGAAAAUGAUACAAAAAGGUUACAGAUUUGAAACACGAGACAUGCUGAGGAUAUUUUAUUAUCAAGGCAUGAAAUGGAUGAUUCAGCAUGACCACUGCUGCUUUGUACUGUACCUGUAUCCAUGUAAUCCCUUUCUUUCUCUUCCCAAUUUGGAUUGCCAUUGAUCCAUGUUUACAAGUAUUUAGCUAACAGGAUUUAAAUUUAAACCAUCUAUGUGUUUAAUUAGUGGUGCUUUUUAAGUGAUUAGACUUAUGAUUUUCAACUGACGGACGAUAAAACAGGAAAAAAAUUCCAAUAAAAUAGGAGAAGAGACCCGAGCCAUGUGAUUCGACCAGUAAACGACCACCAAACACCCUAGCAAUUGCAUCGCAACAUACUAAAAACCAAUGAAAACAAUUGAAAACCUCAUAGCAAUGCUCUGGCAACUUCCUGAAGCUUACAUUAUCUUCAGAAAAUAUUAAAAGUUGGAUAAAAAUCUAGUUGACCAAUUCAUUGUCUGGUCACAUUUACUUUUGUUUGGCAAAUUUUAAUGGCUGAAAUCCAGUCCUUUCAAUUUGGAAUACCCAUGCAAAUUUCGCAACGGAUUCUCCGUGUUGAUCAACAGAAAGCCGCUUGGUUUGAAAGUGAUUCUGAGCUGUGCUUCAUACAUGGCUUUUGACAAUAGAACAUUUUUGCUCAUGAAAUCUCACUAAUGUAACCUCACCUUAAUAAUCAAGUGUUUCAGAUAUAAAGGUGAGUAUCAAACCUUUGAUUUUAGUCAUUUCAUACAUGGAGUGUAUCCAGAACAUUCUGGAUAGGGAGGCCAAAGAUCGACAAAUACACAAUUUUGGGGCUCUAUUUAUUCUGCAUAACUGUGAUUGAGUGCAUGUUCAAUAACUGGUCAUCAGCACAUCAGAUGCUGUGAUUGCCUGGCUCUGCCCUCUUCUAUACUCAAAACAGUUAUCCAGGUGUCGGAAAGAGAGUAUGAAAAGAGCGUAUGCUUUUCACAUAAACAAUAAGUCAAAGAUUUAACAACUCUGUGUGCUUAACUGUCAUGCCUGAAUGUGCCACGCCAAUGUGCUUUUGUAAAGAAUAUACAAUUGUCCUUUUGAGUGAAUGAUCAGAUUUAGUGCCAAGCAAGGGCGAGAUCAAAACAUCAGGCAAAUGCAACUGUUGGCUCAAAUAAAAAGAGGACAUUAGAUAACAAUAUUUAUUAACUGUUGUAUAUUUGCUCCAAGAGCUUGUCAGUAUUCAAGUGGUCUUAAGUUAGCAAUGGUUUGCUUUGUUACUAUUAAGUUAUUAAUCUAUUAACUGUACAAAAUGCAUACUGUUACAGUAUUGUUGAAUGUGUUGGCAUCUUUAUAUUAUAUAUAUUGUGAUUGAAUUAAUUUAAAUAAAUUAUUAAGCUAUUACUUGCA